AUGAAGAAAACACUCUACAGGAUACUGGUGUUUGCCAGAAUACAUUCCCUGAAGCAGAAAGAACAGAUCGAGGAUGCCCGGGAUGGAACCGCGAAGCAUCUAACAGGAAGGGAGCCAACCCCCGCCCCCACUUCCCGAGAAUCUAAGAGUGCACCGUGUCCAGGUGUCUGCGGCGACUUCCUCGCCUUGCUGAGCUUGGAACGGGACGUCCGUCGGGGGCUGCAGCCCCGGAGCCAACCCAGUGUGGCCCUGGGGAAUGUGCAAGGCGAACGGGCUAACGAUGACCAUCAGGGCCCCGGCGGAGCAGCUGGGGUUCGAGAGCCGUGGGGACCGUCUCUGCAGCCCCCUCCAGGGGCCCGGAACUGGCGCGGACCCGGCCGCGCUCCCCCGAGGCGAGGCCGCGACCUUCCGCCGAGUCCCUCAUUUCCCUGCGUCUCUCGGCCGCCGUGCGCCCGGUUACCCCCAGCCCCUCUUGCGCCCAGCAACCGGGAGCGCCCCGAGGCCGCCGUCCCAGCCCACACCUGGCAGCGACUCGGUGCCCACGCCUUCGGACACGCGGGCGUGCGGAGCUGGAGCCGGCCGCGUGUCUCCUCCCCUCCUCCGGCGGCCGCAAGUGCCAGGUGUGGCGCUCCCGAGGUGCGCGGGCAUCCACGGAACAGGCCCCUGACGUUUAUGGGAUCACAGACCAAGAAAGUCCUCCUAACGCCCCUUAUGCACUCAGCUCGCCCUUUCCGAGUCUCCAACCAUGACAGAAGCAGCCGGCGAGGGGUGAUGGCCAACAGUCUGAAGGAGCUUCUCAGCAAGACCCUGGAUGCCUUAGCCAUCACCAGUGGACUGGUCACUUUGGUGCUGGAGGAAGACGGAACCAUGGUGGAUACGGAAGAGUUCUUCCAGAGCUUAGGAGACAACACACAUUUCAUGGUCUUGGAGAAAGGGCAGAGGUGGACACCGGGUGGUAACCAUGUCCCAGCCUGGCAGCAGCCAAAGAAAUCGGGCAUAGCAAGAGUCACCUUCGACUUGUACAAGCUGAAUCCCAAGGAUGUCAUUGGCUGCCUCAAUGUGAAGGCCACCAUGUAUGAGAUGUAUUCCGUGUCCUACGACAUCCGGUGUACGGGAGUCAAGGCCCUGCUGAGGAGCCUGCUGCGGGUCCUGUCCCACGCCGCCCAGGUGACCGGACAGUUGCUCAUCUACACCGGCACGUACAUGCUCCAAGUGCUGGGUGACACGGAAGAGCAGCGUCCUCCGCGGUCACACUCCAGACGGGGAUUCACAAGUGGAUAAGGAUGCAUGUGGCAGGGGACCCAGCCGGCUCUGACCCAAACGUUUGCUCUCAGAUGAUGAAUUUUGAAGAUGCUUUUGUUCCAAACCACGUGCACUUGCACGAGGCCAGUCAUGUGUACCAAUGGAUGGUACCCAGGGGAAGGCGGAGGGGUGGAGGCGCACAGAAUGGGGGCUGCAGGGCGGGACACCCUGAAGGGAGGAUAUUCGUAGGGUCAUCCAUGGGGGCAGGAAGGACCAAAGGGCAGGCUUGUGUGGUGGCUCCGGAGCUGGACCAACCUGUGUUAGGCCUCUCAGCGCCUCACUCCUGCAAUAAACCAAUCAAUUGCAAGAGCUACUUCUAA